AUUUAUUUUGAAAUAAAAAUAUUUCCUAUAUAUGAUGUAGAAUUGUGUAUAAAUGUGUUGCAUUUUCUGUGGCACAGCUCUUUAAAGUCUUGUUUUAAAGGCAGGUUUAUUUAAAUCACACAAGAUGUGCGUGCAGACUUUCCCCCUUGACCAAUAUAACAAAUAUUCUCUGUUUCUCCUUAGCAGUGAAAACGAAAGUACUGUGAGCUGGGUUCUGCCAGAGAAAUGAAACUGAGCAGCUAGAGAAAUAGGGGAGGGAGUGUGGGGCUGGGAGAGGAGCAAAAGCUGCCUGGAGCAACUGGCAGACAUUCAUUCCUUUCUCCAGCCUGAGUACUGUACAUUUUUCUGACGAUUUCUUCUAGGACCAGUGAAAACGAAAGUACUGUGAGCUGGGUUCUGCCAGAGAAAUGAAACUGAGCAGCUAGAGAAAUAGGGGAGGGAGUGUGGGGCUGGGAGAGGAGCAAAAGCUGCCUGGAGCAACUGGCAGACAUUCAUUCCUUUCUCCAGCCUGAGUACUGUACAUUUUUCUGACGAUUUCUUCUAGGACCAUCCAAGCAAUGGCCACACAAGGGUCUCAUUUGGAAAAGAUCUCACUGGACUCUCAAACAGAGAUUUCUGUAUCACAUGAAGCAGAACCAAAGACUAAAAAUGAAUCCCGAAUGAAAAAUGAUGACGCCCUUCGUGACUUGUUCACUUUUACAGUGCAGAAACUCUCAGGAGCUGUCUUUGCCAGCCUGCUUAAUGAUUAUGUGGAAUCUGAAUUCUUCUUGAUUGAUGGAGAUUCCUUACUGCUAACUUGUGUUUUGGAUCAGUCACUGAAGGCAGGGCAGCAUCUGCAUUUCUUUUACUUGGUAGAAUCCUACUUGCAUAAACUGACCAACCGGGGAGCAAAAUAUGCUGUUGUGUUUUUUGAGGAUAUGGAGUUUUUCUACCAUGACAGAGUCGACCUUAUCUCUCUACGGACCCAACUGAAACUGCACUUGGAACACAACACAGACACAGUCAUAUACACCUUUUCCAACUUUUUGUCUGCUCAGUGGAACACAUUUCUGAUUGAUCACCAUCCCUACUUUCUAAUGGUUUGUGAUGAAGGUGUUACCCUGUCUCAAACAUAUUUCUUCAGUAUGCUUAUGCUAAGUGCCCUGGGGAAAAAAAUAGACCUCGUACUCACGUCAGGACAAGAGUUCGAUCAGCUCCGAGUGUAUGGAUACCAUAUCAAUGCCACCCACCAUCAUAACUUAUAUCCCAUAAAGAAACAGAAGCAGUUUCUUCAAGAUUUGGUAGAUCCAUGUGAAAAGUUGUACAGAAAGCGUGCACAGAAGCUGAAUUUCAGUAACACCAUAAACGAGAUUGAAAAGAGUAUAACAUUACUUUUUAACAAUGGGGAUAAGGCUUUAGACAUAAGAAGCAUCAUGUGUAUUCUGUCCUGCUCUGCAGUGCUGACAAUAUAUGGUAAAAAAGCAACACAUGGAGAAUGUCAGGCCUCACAGGUACAGGAUGACAGUGACCUGACCUUGGAAGAAGUGGCUGACCUAUGCAGAAUGUACUGUCUGAGUGUGGCCAUAUUGCUGGUUUUGCCCCUUUCCCAGAGAAUGAAAUCUAGGAACAUCCAUGCAGAUUGGAACAGCCCAGUAUUAGCAUGUUUAGAUUGGCAAAUAAUAUGUGAGCACAUUAUUCUGAAGAAGUUUUCCAACACCUCAAACUGGAAAAUAAAUUGGACACACAUUGCUGAUCUAAGUGAUGGUUUGCUGUUGAAAAACAUUGCAUAUUACUAUGAAAAAGAGAACAAUACAGGCUCCAAGUUGAUAUUCGGGAAGGCAAUAGAGGAGAAGUUUUCAUUUCUCUGGAACUCCAUUUUGGAAAUUAAUCCACAUAGUGAACAAAUACAAUCUUAUGACGUCAGAACAACAUCACGUCCUUUCCUUUCAAAGGCUUCCUCAAUAAUUGUGAGAGAGGAGAACAUGCCAACUAUAGGUCUUCUACGAGCAAAAUCUGACAUUGUUGAAGAGUAUGCUGGGGAUUUUUUGGAUGAAUUACCAUUUUUAAGCAGUAUUGAACAUAAAGAGACCCCAGUCACUCGAGGGAAAUAUUUUGAUGAACUUACACACUGGCAUUCUGGACGUCCACUAAGUGAUGAUUAUGACAGAACAAAGGGAGAUGAGGCAGCAUUGAAAGAUGAACGUGCUCUCAGAGAUUACCAAAAGCUGCAAACUCUUCACCGUUUUAGCGGGCAAUCUUUAGUCUCCUCAUCAUCCAAGACAAUUGUAAUACAGAAUGAUGACCCUGAAAAGAAGGGGGAGAAAGAAAAGGUUAUUGUUAAGAAAAAGCAACCACAGAAGUCUAAAAAAGAUCUAAUCAUAGAGGAAAACCAGAAAAGAAUGAAUGCCAAAGAGGAAACUAAAGACGCUGAACAGUGGAAAUUAGUGGCAUCUUCAAUUGAAAAAGAAAUGAGAGCAAAUUUUUUUCCUGGCUUAAAAAAACUGGAAAGUUUCAUAAAAAAUACCCAAACCCGCUCAGUGAAGCUUCUUGCAGAACUAUUAGGAUUAAGAAUUUCCUUUAAGGUGUGGGUCGAGCACUGCUGCACAGACAUGUCCUCAGAAGAGGAGGACGAUUUAAAUAUUGCUGUGGAAAUCAUGAAGAAGAUACAAACACUUCAUUAUAAAUACAAGGACAUGCUGACUAAUGAGGAUCAACAACUAAUAGCUCAAUGUCUUAGUUAUCUGGGAUUUGAGAACUUGGCGUGCACAUUGCCGCGCGCUAAGGUAACCAGUGCCAGAGAGGACAAGAAGAAGGCAGAGUGCAUGGUUGGAGUUGGAGCAGCUCGUUUCCAAUUGCAGUUUAUGAGUCCAUACUUGGUAAGAGAGGAGAGGACAGAUCCUGAUCCAAGAGUACAACACUUUAUACCGGACACAUGGCAGCGUAAACUUCUUGAUGUUGUUGACAAUAAUGAGUCUGCGGUGAUAGUUGCCCCUACAUCUUCAGGAAAGACUUACGCUUCGUACUACUGCAUGCAGAAAGUUCUGAGUCAAGGCCAUGAAGGUGUGGUUGUGUAUGUUUCACCAACAAAGGCUCUUGUAAACCAGGUGGUAACCACUGUAAUGAAUCAGUUCAACAAAAAUUUGCCCAAUGGAGUGGCUCUGUGUGGUGUUUUCACAAGGGAUUACCGUACUGAUGCAUUAAAUUCUCAGAUAUUAGUAACAGUGCCUCAGUGUCUUGAGAUUCUUCUCUUGUCGCCACACCGUCAGGAAUGGGCUAAAAGGAUUAAGUAUGUAAUAUUUGAUGAGAUUCAUUGCCUGGGUGGAGAAAUAGGUGCAGAAGUAUGGGAACAUCUUCUAGUGAUGAUUCGCUGUCCAUUUCUUGCUUUGUCUGCAACAAUAAGUAACCCGGAACAUCUAACUGAAUGGCUGCAAUCAGUCAAAUUUUACUGGCAAAAAAGAGAUAAAUUAAUAGAGGAAAACUGGACUGAGAAAGGAGCAAAGGCAAAAGCCUAUAAGAAGAAAGAAAAAAUGUCUUACAGAGUUCAUCUGGUGAUUUAUAACAAGAGAUACAAUGAUCUGGAAAAAUAUGUGUGCUCUGUGCAAGACUCCAAUGUAUCGUUUGAGCACUAUCACCCAUGUGCUGCCUUAACCACGGACCACAUGGAGAAAUAUGGAAUUCCAAAUGACCUGUCCUGCUCCCCAAGGGAGAGUUUACAACUGUAUGACACUAUGGUGGAUGUGUGGCCUGAAUGGGCAAGGAGAGAGGAACUCGAUCCUGAAGAAUACGCACAUUUCAAGGACAGAAUCAUCAUAACAAAAAAUGAUACAAAAAUAUAUGAGGAAGAACUUAAAAAAGAAUUAAUUGACUGGAUUAAGCAAGGAAACCAGGAAAAGGUUUCCCAACUAUUGAAGUAUCUUCAGCCACCAAAAUCAUCUUGUAAUGUGGACCGUGUCGCCUACUUUCCAAAGCUUGUUGAAAAACUGAAAGAAGAGCAAAAGCUGCCAGCUCUUCUUUUUGCAUUUAACAUUGGACUUGUGGAACAUCUCGCACAGGAAACAGCCAUAUUUCUAAAAAACAAGCAAGACAAUAAGACAAAACUUCUGACUGAGAAAAAAAGCCAAAAACUUAUCACCAAAGCAAAAAGACUGGAAAAAGCAAUAGCAAAAAAUGAACCCUCAAAAGUAAACGACGCUUUCUUAGCCAAUGUUGCCAAUCAUAAGAGUAUAGAGCAAGUACUUAUAAAGGACAAAGAAAUCCCACCAGACUGUACUUAUGCUGAUACCAGAGCUGUGAACAAUGAGUUACUCUGGGAGGUGUUCAGACAAACAAGUCGAUCAAGAGAUGCCAAGUGUCUGAGGUUUCUGGCAGAAAGAGGUGUGGGCUACCAUCAUGCCUCUUUGGAUGUUAAAGGAAGAAGACAAGUGGAGAUGCUCUUCAGGAUGGGAUACCUACGGGUUGUUACUGCAACUGGAUCUCUUGCCUUGGGAAUCAACAUGCCGUGUAAAUCUGUUGUGUUUGUUCAAGAUUCACUUUACCUGGAUGCAUUAAAUUACAGACAGAUGUCAGGACGUGCAGGAAGGCGAGGACAGGAUGUACUGGGAAAUGUAUACUUUUUCACCAUUCCUAUGCCUAAAGUGAAACGGCUUAUGAAAUCAGAUGUCCCUAACUUAAAAGGACAGUUCCCUUUAGGCAUCUCUUUUGUCCUACGACUGAUGUUAUUGGCUGCCAAAGCUGAUCACAAAGAAGAUGCCAGUGCUAAGGCUUUGUCAGUACUGAAGCACUCCCUGAUGGCGUUCAAAAAACCUUCUGAGACCAAAAUGUUGAAGCUCUACUUUCUGUUCUGCAUACACUUCUUAAUCCAUGAGGGCUAUUUGGAUCAACAUUGCAACCCUUUGGACUUUACCGGGCUGGUUACACAUUUACAUUACCAUGAACCAUCAAAUUUUGUGUUUGUCAGUUUUCUGGAAAAUGGUUUAUUUCACCGGCUGUGCCAGAGAAACACUAAAGGUUCAAAUAGGUUUCCACAAUCUGUGAUGGAAACCCUGGUGCUGGUAUUGGCUAACUUGUUUGGAAGAAGCUACCUUUUACCAUCCAUGCUAGAAUUAAAGGGAACAUUUAAACAGUCAAAGGUCUUUCUGGAAGGUCUACCAGAUGAUUUUGCUGCAGCUCUUGAAGACUACAAUUCCAAAAUAUCAGCAGUCUUUGGGCAGUAUCUUCUUGCUGUUUCUCAUCUGGCAAAUUAUGAACAAGAAUACAAGCUUCCUCUAUCACAAAUCAACUUCUCAGGGGAGGAAUGUGAGGAUUCUGAACUUGUAAACCACUUGAUGAACUGCACCAAAAGGAGAAGUGCCAUAACCCCCUUUGCCUGCCUGUCUGGAAAUACAGAUCAUGACUUAACUUUUGCAGCACAUUUGGACAGUAUUUUGUUGCAAACUAGUCAUGUGAGUGAAAAACACAUUCCUCGCCUGCAUUUGGAGAACACAGAUGCUUGUGGUAGAAAACUGUUACUAAAUGCCUAUGCACUGGAUUUCUUCAAGCACAGCUCCAUAGAUGCACUGGAAACUGAUAAUGGGUUUCACAAAGGAGAUGCUUUUUACAAGUUACGAGAUUUUUCUUUAUGCAUUGCAACUAUAAGAGUUUCUUUAAAGGAAAUGUGUGAAGAUGAGGAUGACCCCGUUGUGUUAGCUUUCGAGCAGCUGAAUACCCUGUACAGAGAGAAACUGGAGACUGCUUAUCCCAGGCGCAGAAUCUUUUAUGCCUGAAGCCAUCCAUUCAUCCACUCAUUGUGUUUCUAAUGUACCGAGCCUUCUCUGCUGGCCAAACUAAACAUGGCAAUACGUGGUUAGUUUGGAGAAAAGAUUCAUAAGAAUGUGUAUUUCCAAACGUAAUGUUUUCUAGGGCCUUUUUUUUUGGCCAAUCUUAAGUAUGCUAUUAGUUCAGUCCUACUGGGGGAAGAUGUAAGGGGAAGUAAAGCCUAACUAAAGUAGUAGGCUAGAAAUGGUCUACAUUAGGUUCUGGGCUUCUGUUAGCAGCCCAAGGCAACCACAGCCAUUAAGCAUUGAAGAUCCGUGCCUCCAAAGAUGCCCGGUAACUCCCCAGCUUAGGGACCGACGAACAAUAUACUUUAUGUACAGAAUAUAAAUGUCAAAAUAUCAGACUUUUUAGUAAUUAAUACAGAUAAUUACUACAUGGCAGCUUAGAAACGAGUGCAAUAAGCAUUAGAAUUCAACCAUCAGGCCUGUAGCAUUAGCUUAUAUGACAGGCCGGCCUCAUUUUCUAUUUGAUAAUUUGUGACAACCCCUAAGCUUAGCUUCUCAGUAGCAGCUCAGAGCCCACUGAACAUGUGAGUGUCACUGACACUUUUCAAGAUGGGGAGCUCUUGUGACAACUGUAAAGACCUAGAUCGUUGCUGCUAUGGAGAUGCUGAAACUUUAGGCUGGUUUAAUAGGAUUAGUAUAUACAAUAUGUAUUUUUAGGGUUUAGUUCUCCUUUAAUUCAGCAGGAACAUCUUAAUUUAUCUACACAUAUUAGGUACUGGCAUGCUAAGGCGACAUAAGGCUUUCAAAAUCAGUUGUGCUUGUGUGCACAUAAAAGACCUUUUGUGUUUCUAUAUAAUAUGCUUGAAUGUCGUGAAACUUUCUGCAUAAAUCUGGCCUAUAACCCGGUCUGUUUUUCACGCAUUCUUAAAAUAGACAAUGAGAAGCCAAUGCAAGCACAGUAUGCAUCUUUGCUAAUAUCAGUUUUAGUCACAAAAUGACUUUCAUGUACGGUUAAUUUAAAAGGAAAUUGCAAUCCGGAACUCUGCUAUGAAAUACCCAGAGAUUAAAAACCACAAAUUUUUUGGCACAUCAUAGUAAAAUGAUGAUGAGUGUGUGGAUCCAAAUCACUGCAGCAUACUGAACCCUUAUGAGGUUUACUACAGGGCAAAAGGAAACACCUUCUGCUCAUAAUGAAAAAAUGUUCUGUAUUAUAUCUUUUUAAUGUUUUUUAAUGUCUAUUUCAAACUAUAUCAAGAUAAAAAUCCAAAUUUUGCCUUCAACCUAUUACACAUUUUAUACCUCAGAUCAGUGUUUUUUUGAGUUUGAGAAAGCUAUGGUCAGUGAUGAAUACCAAUAUUAACAAAAUGAAUGAAGUUGGAUAAUUUGACAGAUUUUGUUUUAUGCCAAUAAAUGUUUGUUUGUUGUAAUGAAA